AUGGAGCCGGACCAGUCGGAUCCGCGGGGGAAUCCUUCGGCGAGGGGGUCGAACUGGAGAGAAUGGUCCGGGCGGGAAGAUGGAAGCGAGCAAUACAAGUUUGGAGACUUGUCCCGCGGUGUCCUGCAGCAGGUGCAGGCUGGCAUGCGCGACCUGAAGCACAAGGUGGCGGACAAGGCCUUGUCCUUGAAGGAGGAGCAUGAGAGCAAGGCUGCCGAGUACGUCCGCGAACUGGUGGCUUCUGACGAAAGCCAGGAGGCACAACACGUCGUCUCCGUGGAAGAGUCGAAGGCGACCACGACGGCGGAGCGUUUCUGGACGAGGCUUUGCAAGGAUGCACACACGGAUCACGGCAGCGAAGAACCGGUUGCAGAUCCUCUCAGCUGUGGAACAUUGCAGGUCCAGGUGCUGAGGCUUGGCUCUCCGGAGCUCCUCAAAGCGGACGGGAAGGCGGCCAGAAAACCGGUGCUGCUCCUGAGUCUUCACGGCCGCCGCAGCGGCGCUCUCCGGGAAGGCGGCAGCGCAACCUUCGAGGUGAUGGAUGUGCUGGGCUCCGAUUUGGCAGUUUACUGCUUCGACAGGGGAAGUUCCACGUUUGCCAUCGGAAUGGAAGACCAAGCAUUCUGCGGUGGUUGCUUCGUGCCUUUGACUUUGCUCGCGCAGCCACAUGCCAGACGAUUCUGGGAUGGCAUGCGCAACAGCUUGUACCAGCAAGUGUUCAGCACCGAACUCCGACUUCGUCUGCUGCCGCUCGUGUUGAUGCGUGGUAAGGAAAAGCUGGAGCCUGGCGAUCUCACCGGUGCUAAGCUUCCCAAGGUGCAGCCUGGCAUCGUCGUGCUGCGACUGACUCUGCAUCUCACGAAGUCUCCAGCCAAGCUGUGCUUCCGUCCUUACAGCUCCCGAAAGCCAAUCGUGGCCGAACAGAAAGGGCACGUCAGCGACCCCUUCAGCGUUCUCAAUGCCGCCGGCAAGGCUGUUGGCCGAAUCGGCUUCGCUUUGAAGAUGGACCUAUGGAAGGCAGCUGCGGACGAAAUGCGUGAAGACUUGGUUGUUUGUCCUCUACUUCUUGCCUGGUGGACGCUGGUGGUGCUUGCGGCGCCGUUAUGGAUUUGGCCACUGCUGUUGAAUUUCAUUCUGGUGCUGUUCGCGUGGACACUGGGAGGGUUGAGUUGCCGAGAAGCACACCAAGUGCAACGGCAGCUUUAUGUCGACGAGGAAGGUGUUGUGAGCAAGGACUUGGUGAAGGAAGCAUUUAAGACACAGCUCAGCAUUAUGCAGCUUACGGAGACGUUGAACGAAGCAGCUUCGCAAGUGGAGAAGUUGAAGUUCGUUUUCGGGCUGGAAGACCGAUGUCUGUCCAGCGUUUGCUUCGUCGUUGCGCUUUUGGCAUCACUGGCGCUCUGUGCUCCAGCCGCCAUCCUCUACUGGCUGCUGCACUCGGGGGCCUGGAGGUACAUCCUCUGGCUUCCGGGAAGCUGUGCAUUGAUGCCGAAGGCAUUGAGAUCACCCACCUUCCAGUUCGUGCAGAAAUUGGAGAAGCUGAGACUGGAGUUCAUGGGCGACGAUCUGGACAGGAUCGUCCGUGGUUUUUGGCAACGCAUGCCUGAUGGCACGGAGGCUUGUCACCUCCAUCUCUGCAGGAAGCAUGUGCUUUGUGACGAGAGUGCGGACAUCGCUGAGCCUCCGGAAGCUCGCUAA